UAAAGUAUUACACAAGAAUGUAAAUAAACAAAAAUGUCGCUAAAUGUCAGAAGUUAGGCCGACGUGUUUCGUUGUGGUGGGGUGUGUAUCGUGAAAAUGUAUGAAGGUGAUGUGGAACCCGACCAGUAUACACUUUCUAAUCGUGGCGAUCGGUCUCGAUAAGAUAUAGUACGUUCCGAUUUCGCGCGCUAAAAUGUCGUAUGAAAAUCUCAAAGAAUAUGUCACGGCUCACGGUCAAGAACAUCUGUUGAAAUAUUGGCCGGAACUGAGUGAUAACGAGCGGGAACAAUUGGCGGGAGAAAUCCGGAAGUUGGAUCUCGCCGAAACGAAUGAAAUAUUUAGACGCGCGAACGAAGCGACAAAAGUUAUAUUGGAGAAGUUUGACGAUGAUUUGAAGCCCAUUCCGCAAACGCAUUACGAAUCUGUACCUGGCUUAAACGAAGAAAAAAUUGCGGAGUAUGAAAACAUUGGUUUCAAAGAGAUUUCCGAUGGUAAAGUUGGUGUGUUGCUGUUGGCUGGUGGGCAAGCUACCAGGCUCGGAUUUGGACACCCAAAAGGCAUGUAUGAUGUUGGUUUACCAUCGCAUAAAACAUUAUUCCAAAUACAAGCUGAAAGAAUCUUGCGGGUUCAACAAAUGGCUGAAGAAAGGACCGGAAAGUAUGGUAAUAUAACCUGGUAUAUAAUGACGUCUCAACAUACCAGAGGUCCUACGGCUAAAUUCUUCAAGGACCACUCUUAUUUUGGCUUAAAUGAAGAGAACAUUGUCUACUUUGAACAGGGAACCCUUCCUUGCUUUGAUUUUGAUGGUAAAAUACUAUUAGAUGAGAAACACCACAUUGCAUCCGCACCUGAUGGUAAUGGAGGCCUAUAUAGAGCACUAAAAACCCAAGGUGUUUUAGAUGACAUUAAGAAACGCGGUAUUCACCACCUGCAUGGGCACUCCGUUGAUAACAUCCUCAUAAAAGUAGCGGAUCCAGUGUUCAUCGGUUAUUGUAAAAGUAAAAAUGCAGACUGUGCCGCUAAAGUUGUUCAGAAGUCAUCGCCGAGUGAACCCGUGGGCGUAGUCUGCAGAGUGAACGGACAUUACAAGGUUGUUGAGUACUCGGAGCUGACGGACGAAGCAGCAGAGAGACGUAACCCAGACGGACGACUCACAUUCUCCGCUGGCAACAUAUGCAACCACUAUUUCUCGUCCGAGUUCCUCCACAAAAUCGCCGAUUUUGAGCGCAAGUUGAAACUGCACAUCGCCAAAAAGAAGAUACCGUACGUGGAGAACGGUGUACGCCAAAAACCCACAGAACCGAACGGGAUUAAGAUCGAGAAGUUCAUCUUUGACGUGUUCGAAUUUGCGGAGAACUUCAUAUGCUUGGAAGUGGCGCGAGAUGUAGAAUUCUCGGCGUUGAAGAACGCAGAUGCCGCGAAGAAGGACUGUCCCUCUACCGCAAGGCAGGAUAUCCUGAACUUACACAGAAAGUAUAUUAGGGAAGCUGGCGGUGUGAUCUCUGAUGAUGUAGAUGUGGAAAUAUCUCCUCUUCUCUCAUAUGGAGGUGAAAAUCUAAGAGAACUGGUAAAUAACGAAGUUUUCACUAUUUCCCCAUUCCAUUUGAAAAGCAUGCAGGAAUCUUCUAAUGGUUACCACAAUGGAAACCACUGAUAUAAACUACAUAUAAGUUAUAAGGCCUUAAAGCAUUAAAACUCCUUUAAAUGCUUAAAACCAGUCAAAUGGAUGGUAUAUGGAAUCAACUGUUGGCAUACGCAUUUAAAAAAUAAAUAAGUAACCUAUGAGAUAGUUAAAGUCAGACUUUAAAAGUUCAUGUGAUUUUUAUUUUAACUAACAGCACAAGGAUAAAAAUGUAUUAUUUAUUCAUAUUGCCUUUUCUAUAUUUUAAAUAUUACAAUCAUGAACUCUUAUCUAACUAAUGGAAAAAAUUAAGAUUAUUCCAUUGAAAUUAAAAAAAAA